AUGGCUCUUUCCGGGUCAGCUAUUCAAAGUCUCCGAGAGGCCCUUGUCUCCUCCACAGUAUACACCCCCGGCCAGGAUGGCUACCGGGAAGCCCUCGCGAGAUGGUCUGACACUGGAAUAAAGCAGGCAGGAAUUGUUGUUCAGCCAGCGGAUGCGAACGACGUCCGUACCUUGCUCUUGUGGGCUCAGCAACAGGACAUUGACUUGGCUGUUAAGUGUGGAGGUCACUCGGUUAGCGGUACCAGCUCCAGCGAGGGCGGACUGGUUAUCGAUCUCUCCCGGAUGAAAAAUGUCCGCGUCAAUUUAGCUGACAAGACAGUCACUGUGGGAGGUGGAGCUACGUGGAGGGACGUUGAUGAAGCUGCAGCAGAGUAUGGACUGGCCGCGGUUGGAGGUACCGUGAACCAUACCGGGGUAGGUGGGCUCACGCUGGGAGGAGGCUACGGUUGGCUGAGUGGGAUGUACGGCCUGACCAUCGAUAACCUGCUCGCUGCAACCGUGGUGCUGGCGAAUGGCGAUGUUGUUACCACUUCGGCCACCGAGAAUCCAGAUUUAUUCUGGGGCCUCCGUGGUGCCGGGUACAACUUUGGCGUUGUCGUCGAGUUCACCUACCAAGCCUACGAACAGAAAGAGCCCGUGUACGCGGGUAUUCUAGCAUUUACCCCGGAUAAAGUGGAAGCAGUAGUCGAGGUGCUUAACAAACUACUCCUGGAUACCCCCGACCCACGCGCAGGAGCCAUGUGCAUCUUUGCCCAACCGCGCGGCGCACCCGUGCCCAUGGCUAAUCUGGUUAUUUUCUUCAACGGAGCCCACGAAGAGGGCGAGAAACAUUUUGCAGCAUUACUUGCUCUGGGCCCGGUAGUGAAUACUGCCGGAAUGAUGCCGUACUCCCAGGUCAACGCCCUCCAGAAUCCGAUGGCCACCUAUGGCGACCGUAAGUCGUUCAAGGGUGUUUUCUUCCACCCACCGCUCUCCCCAGCGUUUGCACGUACCAUGCUGGAUGACUUCACAGCGAAGGUCCAGGAAGAUCCAGAUCUAGGUGCAUCGGCGCUACUUUUGGAAUUCUAUGACAUGGGAAAAGUCUGUGAAGUUCCUCGCAACUCAAUGGCAUUUGCCAGCCGCGGCAGCACGCAAAAUGGAAUUAUAACACUCCGCUGGACUGACGCCAGCAAGGACCAACAGAAUCGAGCUUGGGCGAGAGAGAUGCAAGCACGUUGGAAACAGAAUCUGGAAGGAAGCGUUACGCCAGAACUGAAGCCAGAAGUCCCACAGUACAUCAAUUACGCAGAGCCUGGCGAUUCAGUGGUGACAAAUAUCUAUGGCGAGAAUCUGGCUAAACUACAGGAGCUGAAGGCUAAGUAUGAUCCGAAGAAUGUCUUUUGCAAGAUGCAUCCAAUCAAAUUCAGUGAUUAG